CAAAGAUGGCUCGCUACACUUCAGAGACAGUGCGAGUGUCUCGCCGUCCUCAUGUCUUCCUCCGUGACAGCUCAAGACAACACAUCUAUAACGCCUGGUGGUCGGAAAAGCAUGCUGAAGUUAGCUCAACGUAUGACUUUCAACUUCUGCUCGGGUAUCUCUGCGCCGUCGGUCCACAACUGGAGCAAGCUCACUGUCGGAAAUGUAGACCCGGACGUUCGAGUAAUGACCCGUAAGAGUGUGGACGAUCCAGGGGAGCCUCCGGGGAUUGUUUUGAGCGCAGCCACGUCUGUGUGGCUUCCGGCUUCGCCACAGCGUCUGUUUGAUUUCGUGAGGAACGAACGGAUGAGAUGCGAAUGGGAUAUUCUUUCCAACGGUGGUCCCAUGCAGGAGAUGGCCCACAUUGCCAAAGGUCAAGAUCAAGGCGUCUCUCUCCUCCGCUCCAACGUAAGUUUUUUUUUUCUUUUCAAUACCGGUUUAACAUUGCUAUUUUAGCCGGUUAGUACUGGAUCUCAUUGUAGUAACAUCGGUGCAUGGAAUAUGGUUGCCGGUAAAGCUGAUUAGGUGUGUCAUGUGUGUGUGUGUCAUUUGGUUCGGUAGUUUGUGGGGAAUUUGGAUUAGGUGAUUGUGACGUUUUUGUCCCUGGGGUUGAUGGUGGUAUGACGGACAAAAGAGUGGAUUGGGAAAGGAAAAUAUAGGAAUUUUGGGUGGUAUCAAAAGAUGACACAACAAUUUUUUAUUUGUUUAAUAUUAUACAGGAGUAGAAAACAAAAGUGUCACAGCUUUUGGAAGGGUUUAGAAAGUCAAUAUUAAUAGGACAGUUUCGACCAUAUUUUUUUGACUUUUCACCACUUCCUACUUU